AUGGAUUAUAAGACCCUGAACAAAGUCACCGCCAAGUACUUUUUCAAAUUGGAUUUGAAAUCUGGCUAUCAUCAUAUCAGAGUUGCUGAAAGAGAUGCAUCAAAAAUCACUUGUGUAAUGCGGUAUGAUGCAUUUGAAUUUCUUGUUAUGCCUUUUGGAUUGACUAAUGCCCUUGCCAUAUUUUGUACCUUGAUGAAUCAGUUUUAUCUUAAAAGAGCACAAAGAACACCUGCGUCUUGUGUUUCAAAGGUUACAAGACCACUAGUUAAAAGAUUUUCUCGUAAAACCACUACCCUUAUAGAGUUAUUGAAAAAUGAGCAUAAAUGGUGUUGGAUAAAUGAAUGUCAAAAGGCUUUUGAAAGAUUGAAGGAAGUUAUCAUGAAGGACCCUGUCUUAGCUCUUUCUGAGAUCAAGAAGCCUUUUGAAGUUUAA